AUGCCUUUCCUUCCUGUUUCCAACGCCGUCCUCAAAUACGAAGUCUAUCCUUCUGCUCUAGCUCUUCACCUACCACUCUUGGUUUUGAUCCACGGCGGAAACGGUAGCGGUGACAUCUUCCAGAAUGCCGCCACGGCCCUGCAAGAUACUUUCCGCGUCUGUUUCUACGACCGCCGUGGCUUCACCCGCUCUGCCCUCACCGGCCCCCAGGACUACAGCACUGGAUCCGCGCGCCUGGCCACCGACACCGACGACGUCCGCGCCUUAAUCGAGCAACUCAACAAGGACGCAGAUUCCAAGAACGCAUUCAUCUUCGGCAACUCAUCCGGAGCCGUGGUUGCUCUUGAGACUCUGACCCGUCAUGCAGAUGUCAUCACUCUCUGCCUGGCCCACGAAACGCCAGCUGCACACCCGAGGCCUGAUCGCGAAGCCGUCAUGGAAGUCCAGAGAUCUAUCUACGACAUCUACCGUAAGCAGGGGCAUAUUGCAGCCAUGGCCGAAUUCCAGAAGUAUGUGCAUGCGGACAAGGACAGUGGAUUCGGCACAGGCGCUGAUCCACGUGAGAAUCCGUAUUUCAUGGGGAACCUCCUCUACUGGUUUGAGAGGGAAGUGCUGGGAUACAUCGACCACGAGUUUGACCUGAAGACGUUACGACAAGAAAAGGAGAAGCUAGUACUGGUCAAUGGCAAAGGAAGCUACCAUGACAGUCCGCAGAUCUUAUGUAAUGAGGCACUGGAACAGGAGUUGGGCUCCGAGAUAGUGAUGUUCGAAGGUGGGCAUAUCAAUUACAAGGUCGAUCCGGAGAAGUUCGCGGAGGAUGUGAAGCGAACUGUGAAGGCUAGGCAGGGAUAA